GCCGGUCGCUGCUGCGGGUGGGCUGCGCCGCCCGCGCGGUCUCGAGAGGGCAGCAGUUGGGGGGCAGGCCAGGUCUGCGCACCGGCAGGAUGUCCGUGGGCGCUUGUUGUGUCCUGUGUUGCAGAAGAAUAGGGACCUCUGCUCCCCUGCCAAAAAGCCACACAACAUACUGGAAAGAUAUCCGAAAUAUAAUAAAAUUGACUGGAUCCCUUAUUUUAGGAGGUUCUUUAUGCUUUACAUAUGAAGUUCUGGCCCUGAAGAAGUCAUUGACAUUAGAUACUGAAGUGGUAGAAAAAGAAAAAAUGAAGUCAUAUAUAUAUGUGCAUACAGCUCCUUUAAACAAACCAGAAAAUCAUGGGAUUGUCUGGCAGGCAAGAAAAGAACUUCACAAAGCAGUAAGAAAAGUAUUAGCAGCAUCAGCCAAGAUAUUACGGAAUCCAUUUGCUGGCACCUUUAGCACAGUUGACUUAGAAGACCAUGAGUGCGCCAUGUGGCUACUCCUGAGGAAGAGCCAGGCAGACGACAGGACCACACGACUGGAGGCUGUGCAGGACAUGUCGGACACCCACCACUGGCACGAUUACCAAUACAGGAUCAUUGCACAAGCCUGUGACCCGAGAACUCUCAUCGGACUGGCACGCAGCAAGGAGAGUGAUCUCCGCUUUUUUCUCCCACCACCUCCUCUGCCAUCUUUAAAAGAAGAUUCUUCCAUUGAAGAGGACCUGAGACAGUUGUUGGCUUCCUUACCUCAAACGGAGUUAGAUGAAUGUAUCCAAUACUACACAUCCUUGGCUCUUAAUGAGAGCAGUCAGAGUCUGGCUGCUCAGAAGGGAGGCUUGUGGUGCUUUGGAGGAAAUGGGCUUCCCUACGCUGAAAGCUUUGGAGAUGUUCCUUCGGCCACGGUGGAAAUGUUCUGCUUGGAAGCAAUAGUGAAACACUCAGAGAUACCCUCGCACUGUGAUCAAAUCGAAGCCCAGGGUGGCCUGCAGCUUCUCCAGAGGCUGCACUACCUCUACAGAGACUGCCCUAACGUGCAGCGAAACAUCAUGCGGAUCGUUGGAAAUAUGGCUCUGAGCGAGCGGCUGCACGCUCCCAUAGUCCGCUCAGGCUGGGUUUCCAUAAUGGCUGAAGCCUUAAAAUCUCAACAGAUUAUGGAAGCCUCACAUGCUGCCAGAACCCUGGCUAAUCUAGACCGAGAAACCGUGCAAGAGAAGUACCAGGACGGCGUGUAUGUGCUGCAUCCCCAGUACCGAACAAGUCAGCCCAUUAAAGCCGAUGUCCUUUUUAUUCAUGGCCUUAUGGGAGCAGCAUUCAAAACCUGGCGCCAGCAUGACAGCGAGAAAGUUCUGGUUGAAAAGGCUUUGGAGGAUGAAAACAGGUACACUACAUGUUGGCCCAAGACAUGGCUAGCAAAGGACUGUCCCGCUCUCCGGAUUAUAUCUGUGGAGUAUGACACCGCCCUCAGUGACUGGAGGGCGAGGUGCCCUAUGGAAAGAAAGACCAUUGCAUUCCGAAGCAAUGAACUUCUUAGCAAGCUCAGAGCCGCUGGGGUUGGGGAUAGGCCGAUGAUCUGGAUAUCACAUAGCAUGGGAGGUCUUCUUGUCAAAAAGAUGCUGUUGGAAGCCUCUCAGAAGCCAGAACUGAGCACAAUUAUCAACAACACCCGAGGAAUCAUUUUUUACAGCGUGCCACACCACGGUUCCCGGCUGGCUGAAUACUCUGUUAAUAUUCGCUAUCUUCUAUUUCCCUCUUUGGAAGUUAAAGAGCUCAGCAAAGAUUCUCCUGCACUUAAAACACUACAGGAUGACUUUCUGGAGUUUGCUAAAGACAAAAACUUCCAGGUGCUGAGUUUCGUAGAAACCCAACCAACCUUUAUUGGUAGCAUGCUUAAACUCCACAUCGUGCCCGUGGACUCGGCAGCUCUAGGCAUUGGGGACCUAAUUCCCGUGGACGUUAACCACUUGAACAUUUGUAAGCCGAGGAAAAAGGAUGCUUUUUUGUAUCAGCGUACUUUGCAAUUCAUCCGUGAAACGUUAGCCAAAGACCUUGAAAAAUGACAGUUGUCUUCCAUUCUUUGUGCGAAUACAGUGUGGAAAGCUGGUGUUCUUUUCCUUUUGGUCUCUGCGCAGUCCUAUGAACAGUCAGCAUGGCAUCGCGUGGUCCGAAAGUGUGGUGCAGGCAGCAAGACGUGACUGUGUGUUGAGCACUGGAAAGCACCGCGCAGAAGGGCAGGCACAGGAGGAGGAGCUCCUGUGACAGGAGCUCAGAGCCAGGCCCAGUGCCUUUCCUCCUUGAUAUCCCGCUCCCUCAGGAGCCCUGGCAGGGACGGGGGAGUGGUGUCAAAGUAGGGGGGACCUGGAAUGAGAGGAGUCCUCUAGCGACUCAGCUUACAAUGACAGUGCCGCUAGAAGCGUACCCGAAGUGAGAGGCAGGGAGCUGGCACAGGAAGGGCUGUCCUCUAGCUGUGUGUUGCGAAGUUUCUAAAUGUCAUUUUCAAAACAUGUAGUUUUAAACAGUUAAAUCCUUGACACUUGGUCUUUUAGGCCAAUUGUUGUGCAUGGGGCAGUUCCUUGUUUUUAUUUUCAUAUUGCUAAGAACAAACUGUUUCUUUAAAAAAAAAAAACCCAAACUCUAGCUUAUAGAAUUCUUUCCAGAUUGUAGCUUGUAACGUGCUUGUAAUGUGUUUGGGAUAAGGACAAAGUAGCUAGUCCAUUACUGAUCAUCAGAGUAUGGAAAAAA